GUUGAUAGUGAAUGUUCGGUUUCCAGUCGCAGGCUGAAGUAUCAGCGUUAUCCCAAGAAUGCCAGUAUUUUGGUCAAAAGCAUAUUGGAAGGCUAUAAACCUCCUCCACAGGAAAACCGAUGUCUUAUUUCUAACUUGAGUGAGAGGAUGAGGAAACGAAGAACAUUUGCAGAUAAAGAGCUGGAGUGCAUAAUGCUGGAGAGAGAACUUGGGCAGAGAGAACUGGAGGACCCAGCUGGCAUGCACAAUCUCCAGAGACCAAAAGAAGACUGCUUACCAGUCACAGAAACUAAUCUGGGUAGGACUGGACACAGCCAGCCUUGUGACACAUAUUUUAACCAUGAUUUUCUAAAUGUCUGUUUUCCUCUGAUACAUUCAAGCACUACCGUUCUAGAAUACGGGCAUUGCCAUUGUCAGACUCAAGGUUUUUUUCCGUUGAAUGUAAUUACUUUUGCAUCAAGCCAGAUCAAAAGCAGCUCUGUGCAGAAAACUGCCUUGGCCAGGAAUGCUGUGAAAUGGGCAGAAACGUUCAAAGAAGGGGCCUGUGAGUGGAGGGAACUGACUCAGGCCGGUGUCUUUUCCACAGAGCAUAGCACCUUUCAGAGGGAGCUGAGAUCAGAGGCAGAAAAAACGCAAGCGCGUUCUGAAAAAGUUAAGGAGCAUUGUGUAUCCAGCCGCAAUCAGGACAGUAGAUCGCAAGGUUUUAUUGUACAGAACGUCCACAGCGUAGGGGAAAAGCAGAACAUGAACCAACCUGUGAAAAAUAAGCAUGGUGUGGCCAAAGAGACUGUCAGAUACUUGGCUAGACUAUCCCGAGAAUGCGCAUCAGAAACAAAAAUUCAAAAGCAGAGUUUAUCGUUUUCAGUCGAAUCUUUGUUAAAAGGCUAAGCCUGUAUAAAUAACCAUUUAGGGGUGCAGUCUUGCUGCAUUUUCUGCAGUGACCAAAAUCUCACUCCCUCUGACAAGAGUAGGCUUGAGCAUUGAGUGUUUCAGGUAAGAAUUUUUUUUUGUUUCAGGGAAGAACUGUGAGUCUGUCUACACAGCAGACCAUGGCAAAGAUACCAUAUCUAGCUUUAAAUUAACUUGCUUCUGAUACCUGCGUUAUCUAGCUGUGACGGGACAGAGCUUUGUGUAAACUUGAAGUCUCUCCUCCUUUAAAGAAAUACUCGGCAAAUUAGAGGAUGAUGAGAAGUAGGGUAAAUUAGCUUGAAUGAAACUCGCAAUACACUGCAGAUUGUGGGACUGAAUCUGUAACCCUUGUUCUUCUCAGUAGUGCCAGUCAUUUACAGUCUGAUUAUCACGUUGCCAUUUGAAUUCAAUGAAGAACUUCCAUAGACCUGAAUGGGAAUGGACCUGUACCUUCAGAUGUGAUUUACUUGUGAGCGUCACAGAUGCAGGGUCAAACUCUCCUUAUUGAAGAUACGUUACAUUCAAAAGACUGCCAUGAGAUAAUUGAUACUGUAUUAUUUUGGUUAUACCGUAUUUCUAAUGUAAUUUAUGUUGCUUGUUUUUAAAGUAACUGUAGUUUUAAGGUCUUUUUUAUACUGUCAAGAAAAGUGUAGUUUUUAUAAUGCACAUUUUUCUAGCUGAUUGAGGAUAUUUGGCUAUUUUUCAGUUUAA